CAGGUGGUGUGUGUGGUGCAUAUACAGGGGCAAAAAUACACAGUGUACCUUGCUACAUUAGCCACCAAGGGGCUCCUAGAGGCCAGCUACAAAUAAAGUAUUGUUUAUGCGAGGUCGAAAUUGACAGUUUGCGCAAGAAACUCGUUAAAGCUUUCUCUGUGCACCAGCGGCGUUCUGUAAUUUCUGUUGCUGCUCGUCUUUGAAUUAAAAGGAGUUUCUUCUUCUGCGGUUCCAGAAAAUGUGGAAGAAAUGCUAGCAGAGCAGGAAUUGCACACAGAGUUCCAGUUUCCACAAGAAACAGAUUCUCAGUUGUCUUCUGAUGCUGACUUUGAGGAUCUAGAUGGAAGAAAUGCAAAGACAGGAAGGGGCUUGGCAGCUAAGAGAGGGAAGAAAGCAGUGGGGGAGAAAGCCCGAGGUGGGGGAGCAGGAAAGCUUCCUGAUACUGGCUGGGUGAAUGGCCAUCACCAGGAGAACGGGAUGGAUCAUGUGACCCUGUUUGAGGUGGUUAAAGUAGGAAGGAGUGCCACACAGUCUGUUGUUGAUGACUGGAUUGAGUCUUACAAACAAGACAGGGACAGUGCUCUCCUGGACCUCAUCAACUUCUUCAUUCAGUGCUCUGGCUGUAAAGGAGCCGUGAGCGGAGAGAUGUUCAGACACAUGCAGAACUCUGAAAUCAUCCGAAAAAUGACAGAGGAGUUUGACGAGGACAGCGGAGAUUAUCCCUUAACUCUCUCAGGACCACAUUGGAAAAGAUUCAGGAUAAACUUCUGUGACUUUAUUACAGUCCUGGUGCGACAGUGUCAGUACAGCAUCAUAUACGACGAGUACAUGAUGGACACGGUCAUCUCACUGCUCACGGGCUUGUCUGACUCGCAGGUCAGAGCGUUCAGACACACGAGCACACUAGCAGCCAUGAAGUUGAUGACGGCCUUGGUGAACGUCGCUCUGAACCUGAGCAUCAAUAUGGACAACACGCAGAGACAGUACGAGGCAGAAAGGAACAAAGUAAUCGCAAAGAGGGCCAAUGAUAGACUAGAGCUCCUGUUGCAGAAGAGGAAAGAGCUUCAAGAAAAUCAAGAUGAAAUAGAAAACAUGAUGAAUGCAAUCUUCAAGGGAGUGUUUGUCCACAGAUACCGUGAUGCCAUUGCUGAAAUUCGAGCCAUAUGCAUCGAGGAAAUCGGUAUGUGGAUGAAGCUGUACAGUGAUGCCUUUCUCAACGACAGCUACCUGAAGUAUGUUGGCUGGACGAUGCACGACAAGCAAGGUGAGGUGCGGCUGAAGUGCCUGACUGCCCUUCAAGGCCUGUUCUACAACAGAGAGCUGGGCUCACGGCUGGAGCUCUUCACUAGUCGCUUCAAGGAUCGGAUUGUGUCGAUGACUCUGGAUAAAGAAUACGAUGUCGCAGUACAAGCUAUUAAGCUUCUGACUCUUGUCUUACAGAGCAGUGAUGAGGUUCUGACUGCAGAGGACUGUGAGAGCGUGUAUCACCUGGUCUACUCGGCACACCGACCCAUUGCUGUUUCAGCAGGAGAGUUUCUGUUCAGGAAGCUUUUCAGUCAUCGAAGUUCAGACGAGGAGGGCUUACCCAGGAGGGGCCGGCAAAGCCUCAACGGCAGCCUCAUCAAGACGACGGUCUUCUUCUUCUUGGAGAGUGAGCUUCAUGACCAUGGAGCCUACUUGGUGGAUAGUUUGUGGGAAUGUGCUUCAGAGCUUCUGAAGGACUGGGAGACCAUGAUUAGUUUGUUACUGGAUGAGCCCAUACCAGGAGAGGAGGCCCUGACGGAUCGGCAGGAGACGGCUCUGGUUGAGAUCAUGCUCUGUGCCAUUCGCCAGGCUUGUGAAUGUCACCCCCCAGUUGGCAGAGGCACAGGGAAGAGGGUUAUGACUGCAAAGGAGAAGAAAACACAGCUAGAUGACCGGACGCGGAUCACAGAGAUGUUCUCUGUUGCACUGCCUCUGUUAUUAGCAAAGUACUGUGUUGAUAUUGAUAAGGUGACCAAUUUGCUACAAAUACCAAAGUACUUUGAUCUUGAUAUCUACACCACCGGUCGCUUAGAAAAGCAUUUGGAUGCCUUAUUGCGACAAAUCUGGGAGGUCGUGGAUAAGCACACAGACACUGAAGUUCUGGAGGCCUCUUCCACCACCUACCACUACCUCUGCAACGAAGAGUUCACCAUCUACAACCGCGUCAACAUCGCCCGCUCACAGCUCCUGGAUGAGAUGGUAGACAAGUUCAACAGACUCCUGGAGGACUUCCUUCGAGAGGGUGAAGAACCAGACGAGGAUGAUGCCUACCAGGUCCUAGCAACGCUUAAGAAGAUCAGCGCUUUCCACAAUGCACACGAUCUCUCGAAGUGGGAUCUCUUCACCAGCAACUACAGGCUCCUCAACACGGGUCUGCAGAACGGGGACAUGCCUGAGCAGAUUGUGGUUUAUGCGAUGCAGUGCACGCAUUACAUCAUCCUGUGGCAUCUAGCUAAGGUUUCAGACGAGACUUCAGUCAAGGGGGAUAUGGUGACUCUGAGAAAGCAGAUGAGGGCGUUCUGUUUGAUGUGUCAGCGUUACUUAAACAGCAUCAACACAGCCGUUAAAGAGCAGGCUUUCACCAUCCUAUGUGAUCUGCUGAUGAUCUUCAGUCACCAGAUCAUGUCGUCAGGCCGGGAACAUCUGGAGAGUCUGGUUUACGUGCCAGACUCCUCGCUGCAGGCAGAGCUGCUCAACUUCAUCCUGGAUCAUGUUUUUAUUGAUCAGGACGACGACAGCAACAGCACAGAUGGACAACAAGAUGAUGAGGCCAGUAAAAUUGAAGCCCUUCACAAGCGGAGAAACCUCCUUGCUGCUUAUUGCAAAUUAAUCAUUUACAACAUUGUUGAAAUGAACACAGGAGCUGAUAUAUUUAAACAAUACAUGAGAUAUUACAACGAUUAUGGCGAUAUCAUCAAAGAAACGAUGAGUAAAACGAGACAAAUCGACAAAGUUCAGUGUGCAAAGACACUCGUCAUAAGUCUGCAAAAGUUAUUCAAUGAGAUGUUGUCUGAAUUUGGCUUCAGUUUUGACCGCUCAUCCUCAGCCUUCUGUGGCAUUAAAGAGCUUGCUCGACGCUUCUCCCUAACUUUUGGUUUGGAUCAGGUGAAGACGAGGGAGGCCAUUGCCAUGUUACAUAAAGAUGGAAUUGAGUUUGCAUUUAAAGAACCCAGCCCUCAAGGAGAAGGAGGCCCACCCCUUUACCUAGCAUUUUUAGACAUCCUGAGCGAGUUCUCCAGCAAACUAAUUCGACAGGACAAGAAGACAGUUCACAUGUACCUGGAGAGAUUCAUGACCUUUCAGAUGGCCCUUCAGAGGGAGGACUGCUGGCUGCCCCUCAUCGCAUACAGGAACUCUCUUCAGGCUGGAGGGGACGAUGACACCAUGUCCGUCAUCAGUGGGAUCAGCAGUCGAGGGUCUAGCGUCAGGAGUAAGAAGUCCAAACCACCUGCUGCAACUAAAAGAAAACUGCCUGAAGAGGAGAACAGCUGCAGCAGCAGCGAAGCCGUCUGGUUGAACCGUGAGCAGAGUGUGCCGACGCCAGUCAUGAUGCAUUCGCCCCACCUCACUUCCACGGUACUGAGGGAUCCAAAGCAGAUGAGACCAGAGGACAGCUUCACCCCCACAUUCACCAUACCAGCACAGCAGCACCUCCAUCAAGCUCUUCCUCCACAGCAGCUGCCCCACCUUCAGCACCAGGCAGCCAUUGAUUACAACACCCAGGUCACUUGGAUGCUGACACAGAGGCAACAAGCUGAAGCGCGACAGCACCAAGAGAGGGUUAGCAUGCACUACGCCAAGAUGAGGAACCACAUGCAGCAGACCAUUCGUCGAGGGGCUGGGCUAAUGGAGGAGGAUGAGGAACCAAUAGUGGAGGAUGUGAUGAUGUCAUCAGAAGACCGCUUGGAGGACAUCAGCGAGGGCAUGGAUUUUAACACAAUGGACAUCGAUUUGCCGGCAUCUAAGAAUCGAAGAGAAAGAACAGAACUUAAGACGGAUUACUUUGAUCCUUCCUCCAUAAUGGAUGAUUCGGUUCUCAAUGUUUCAAUGUUCUAACCUUAAGUGGAUGAAGAUGGACACAUGAAAAUUGUUGAAGAAAGACUGAAACAAUUUUUUAUAAAGCGCCUCAAGAUGAAAAUCAGGAGGCUGGAUGAUGAAAUGACCAUUCUCUGUGAACAGAAGUGGAAUGGACUACUACAGGUGGCUUUUGAGACACAAACACUUCUGCUUUUAAGACUCGAGGAGAGAACUGGAGCUUGGAAUGGAGUGUUCUCCUGCUCUUCACACAUUUAACAUUUAUCUGACUGCAAGGAGGAGGAUUCUGUUUGUGUUUAUUUGCCCUGAAAGCGAAUCGGGAUCAACUCUCUCAGAGCUGGACCUCUCAGUGUCGAUACUUCAAGCUGUUUGGGUGAAUAUGAAUAAUAUAGUGGUGGUGAUUUUAUAAUGAAGAGGCUGGAAUUCAGACUACUAAUGUAUACCUUUAAAAUCCUUUUCACUUGAUAGAUUGAAAAAAUAUCAAAACAGGAUCUUCUAGAGGGGUGAACACAAUGCCAUUAACACGAGUAACACAUCCAACCUUGUUAGCCUUUUGGUAUUCAGAUGUGUAGGACUAAUAAUAACAACAACAAUAAUAGUAAUGCCAGACUUUGGUAAAGAAGCUAAUUGUAAUCUCACAGCCAUACUUCUAUAAAUAUUUAUUGGCCUCCCUAAUGCAAUGUAAACAGAAGUGAGUUUUAUUUAUAGGCAGCACUUGAUACAUUAAAUUAUUAAGGUGAUUUUGUGUUCACUUGUCAUAUUUGUAAACUGUAGAUAUUGGCAUGGCAUGUAGCCAUAUAAUCUGAUCUGUGCACAGUCGAGUGUAUGAAGUGGAGUGUCACACUGUUCUAAGGCCUUGCCACAAGUGGUAUACAGCAUUCUCAGAUUUCUUUGUGAUGGUAUUUUUUAGAAAUGUGCAUUCUGCUUUUAUACCUUAGAGAUGAUUUUCAUUUAUAGGCAUUUUGUAUCGACAAUCAAAUGUAAAUGAAUGGUUUCUAAGCAUAUUAUUUCACAUAGAUACUGAAAUAAUCCUUUUUAAUGAAAACUGAAUGGUGUUACUACAGAUGCGGUCAUCUGUUUUUAUUUUCUUCUAUUAUUAAUGGGUGCAAAGGUAAUGCAUUACUCAAAUAGAGUCACAUGACUAAUCAGUGUGCAUCUAAAAAUAUUUUAUUGUUGGAAGCAUUUACAAUGCCAUACAUAAAACUCUGUCUCUAGUAUAUUGCUCUUUGUAUAUUAAAAUAGUAACACAACCAUACCAUGUUCACAUUUUUAUUUAAAAAAAUGGUUUGAAAAUGGUUAAUUAAGUUGUUUUUUCAGUUUUGCAUAGGAUUUAUAUGAAAAUGUUUCCCCACUGAUUCAUGUUCGAUUCCAAACUCAUUUGGUUAUCUGUGUCUCAGAAUUGUUCAUUAUAAAAUAUUAAGCGUGUAAUAUAUUAUGAAUGGGUGAUUAUUUUAUAAGUUGAGUAAAAAGCUGAAUGUUACCUUAACAUUAACCCACUAAUUUGAAAGUAUGCAUCCACUGUAGCUUGUUUUUGUUGGAUUGUUGUAAUUUUUAUUAGAAUUUCUUUUGUGUACUGCCUUGGUUGGCUAAUAAUUCAUACUAUAGAAGGUGAUGUUCAUGUUGUAGCUAUAACAGAACCCUAAUUUUCUCCAAAUGUCACUGUAAAGAAAAUCCCAACAUGGUCAUAAACGUUACUACAGUACUGUAAAGUAUUCUUGUACGGCAAAUUAGACUAAUUAUGCAUCUUAGAUGCCUGCAAAUGUUUACUCAAGUCACUUUGGAUCUUUGUUUUCACCAAACUGCUGAAAACGUGCAUACAUCUGUGUUUAUACAUAUUUUAAAAAUUUUUUUGUGUUUCUCUUCUAUUUACAAAGUGCCCAUCGCAUCCUUGAAGAUUUGUAUUUAUGUCUGAAGAUGUAACAUAACCAAAUAAACCCUCUGAAGCUUGUGACUUUGA